UCAAGCAGACAAUGGAGACAACACUCAACCAGAAGGCAGAAUGGUUGAUGAUGAUGGAUUGGUCUAUGUGUCUGUCUCCCAUGACCACGCCCAUUCCCCUAAUGCCCCGCCUAUACAGACAGAGGAACCCACUGUCUACGCCUCUCUUAAUCCAGAAGUCACGCAACGUCGCAAGGGAGAGAUGGAAUAUGCCGACACAAAGGCGACAACUCCCGACGGACAACCGAUGUACGGGAACUACUUGGCCAAGAAGAGAAACCGGCAAGAGCAGGCCAGAAUGACACCACCCGUACAGACGUACGAUGCAACCUACAAUGCCGAAGGCAUGGAUUGCCGCAAGGGAGGAAUGAAAGGUGACAUAGGACCUACGACACUAGAUGAUCCCAUGUACGCAAACUAUUUUGCCAAGAUGCGCAAAGACGAAGAAAGAGCUAAACAGAUUGCAAGUACGCAUGAUCCGUUUGAGAUGUAUGGUAUUUAAGCUCUA